ACCGUUCAUAACAUGGACAUGUCUGAGGAAAUUCCAGAUGUAUCGCCAUGUUUUAUCGUACCUAACUCGCAAGCAAGUGAAAUGGAAGUUGAAGAAAACCCAGACGCUGUUUUAAGAGGUUUAACCGCGCUCCAACCCGACCAAACAGUUGCUGGUGAAAGUUCUGAAUCUACCUUGCCAAGUUCAUCAUCUAGUGAUACUCACUCGCAUGAAACAUCAUCAUCAUUGACCUCAAGUAAAGAGGACUCAAGUGGAGAAAAACAUGCUUCAAAAGAGCAUGCACUCUACAUCACAAGAUUUGAACGAGGAACCAGCGUUACUCGUAAAAACAUGUUUCAUACUUCCACCCCAAUGGUAUCAAGUGUCCUUUCUCCUUGCCAUACUGUUGAAAGGCUCACUCCAGUUGAACAUAAUUCCACUAAUACAACACCCCAACAAGAAAAAAUUAUUUUAGAAAAAGAAACAUCUAGCUCUGACGAUUUUAUCUCACCUAGCGGAAACAUGGUGGUAGAGGAGAGUUCUGUUGAAGAACCCAACAAAGAUGUGGUAACAGACUCGGCCGGUGAUCAGAACUCUGCUGGAAAAGAAAAAGAUCGCAAGAUCAAUUUGAGAUCUGUAGAUGAGAGCUCAGCAGAAGAACUAAUACAUGAAGGUGGUGUGAUAGACAUGGCCAAUGACCAGAACUCUGCUGGGAAACAAGAAGAUGUUGUGAUUGAUUUAGCCAAAGAUGGGAGCUCAGCAGAAUGUGGUGUUGUAGACUUGGACAAGGACAAAAGUUCUGUGAAAGGACUAGAAAGAGAUGAUGUGAUAGACUUGACCAUUGAGAGCUCUGCAGAAGAACAAAACAAAGACCAAGAUUUAGACAUGGCCGAGGAUGCAAGCUCUGCUGAAAAACAAAGCAAUGAUGAACUGCUUCAAGAGGAAGUUGAUGCAGAGCACAAGAGCUGUAAUGAUCAACUUCCGAAGUCAAGUAUUGAUGAAAACAAAGAUCAGACAUGGAAUUCUUUACCACGAUGGGUUCAAGACAUAACUGGAGGAGAAAAAACAUCACCAUCGAUUGAAACUUUGACAAGGUCUUCAUCAGAUGCUUCAACAACCAGUAGCAAAGAGGUUUUAUCACGAGACUCGUCCAUACAUCAAUGGCAGUCAGAGAAUGAUGUCAUGAUUGAAACAAACCAGGAUUGUCUACCAAGUGCUAAUAACCAACAGGCAUCUUCAGUCUUUCAACAACCUGACAUGAGAAGUUUUCCACCACUUGUGUUAUCUCAAGAUAUUUUUCAACCAAAGCCAAAAGCAGUUAUUGUUGAACGGGCAACGACGGGAGAGAAAAGCCGUCCUAGUAAUGAGAAAUCAACGAUGGGGGAAUCUUCUGAACCUUUACAAGCGCAGCGAGACCCUAGUCGUACAGAUGACGUAAUCUUGACUUCACAAGAGGAUCUAUUUUGUUUGUAUCUAACUGAGUCACAGUCCAGUUCCAGUUCAUCUCAGAGACGAGCCCGAAACGAGAAACAAACCUCCCCGUUAAUUAUGGACAGACUGGGACAAAGAGAAACGGAAAUUUGCGAUGUAACCCCGCCUCUUAUUAAAUUGAGUAAUACUGUCCUUGUACCAACACCCAUAGGACACCCAAGUACUACAGGCCACCAUCAAGACAUCGCUGAGAGUCAAACUGUCGCAGAUAAAAUAAUCUGUGUUUCAAGCGAAAAUUCUGAUUUAACAAGAGAAAACAUUUCUGAUCCCAGUGAUGCCACAUCAGGACCUGACAGCAAAAUGAAUGAAAGUACGGAAUCAAUAGAAUCUGGUGUUGUUGGUUUUCAUUUCGCCCCGCCUGCUAUGCUGUUGAAACCUGUACCCAGGUCCUCCGCACCCUCUUUAGUGACGAACGUAGAAGCAAUUCAAGAGGAAAUUGCAAGUACUGCCGAGUUUCGUCCGAUUUCACCCGAUGUGAUUACGACUUCGCCAGAUCGUUUCACGGCCGUAUCCGAAAAGGCCAUUCUUGGUACCAGACUCUCUCUAUCGGCGCCAGUUCCCGAUGAAGAAAGCAGUCAAAGCACGGACGAACAAGAAUUUCACAUCAAGAAAGACGCGUUAGAUAAUGAUAACAUUCCAAUUCAACCAACACCUUUCGCGAGAUCGGUUUUUACCAACGUUCGAGAGAGGUUUCAACCUACAAUGGCGAGCUCACCUGAUGAUGAAAUUGAUCCUUUUGAGUUUGCAGACGAGAUUCGUACGCCACCAUUGCGUAAGAGGAAACAAAAAAUGAGAAGGGAAAAGAGUAGCAAGAGAAGAAAAACUAAUGGUAAUGACAGGAUAAUGGCUGGUAAUGAGGAUCAAGUGGGGGGAAAUGCUGGAACCAGCUGUCUGGAUUCAAAUAUUCAAAAGGUGUCAGAACAGUCAAAUAAAGAAUGUUUCUGGAAAAUUGUUCAGACAAAGAUCAUUACAAAGAUAACUAAAUCGAUCGAGACUGAGACUAAGAUUCUCUACACUGCGCAAGAUGGCACGGUUAUCAAGGAAGCAAUUCUACGCGAGAAUAGUCCGCCUACUUUUGAAACAACGACAGAAGAGAAUGAGACGAAAGAGGAAGUAGAUACAAUACAAACGUAUAUUCCCUUCCGUAAUGAUUCAAAUGAUGAACUUCACAAGACAGCGAGGAUUGGAACAUUAUCAAAUACCACAAGUCCACCUUUAUUUCCACCAUCAAACUCUUUCUCCACGAGUACGAGUGAGCUCACAGCAGGAAAUAUCUCCAAUCCUCGUGAUAUGAUAUCUUCGCCCGCAAAGAAGUACAAACGAUCAUUGGUUAUUGAUAAUCCGAGAACGUCGCGUAGAUCAUCCAAUUCGCCGCUUGUGUUGCAUGAAAAGCCACGCAUGUUACAAGAAGGGACUCGCGUGUUAGCUCUCUGGUGUGAUAAGCAUUAUUACCCUGGACGUGUGAUUUUUAAAUGCAAAGAUGAUGCAAAAUUUCGUAUUAACUUUGAUGAUGGUGAUUGGGCUGACAUCCAGGAACAAUGUAUUAUCGUUGUUGAUUAUUUACCAUGUGACCAACCAGUGAUGUUUUGCGAGAAAGCUGGGGGCGAGUAUGUUGAUGGCGUCAUCAAAGGUUUUUACAAUAACGUUGAUGAGAGAGGAUAUAAAGUGUUAAGAGGAGAUAAAAAAGUAAUAUUAUGUCCAAGAAAGAAUGUGAUGCUUAGUAGAGAGCAAGCAGCGAUAUUUCUCUCGCUCAGAGAAUCCGCUUUGAUUCAAAAGUCCUCAGAAUCUUUCGACAAUAGUCCUACAUCAGGUCGUCAAAAUGUAGUCACGAAAGUUGGACGAAAGUCUCACGAGAAAACGACGACGACGACACGAUCUCGUCAGAAAGAUCCUCCCCGGAAACCACUUACUGAUAAAAAUAGGAAAAGAAAAGUGCAAAAAAGGAAGCCUCACAAAAGAAAUAUUGGUAAAGUUUUGCCUGGGAAAGGAAAGCUAGAAGAGAAACACAAGAAAGAAAAUGUUGUAAAAUUCGUGGAAGAGAAACCAUCGACAUCAGAAACGCCAAAAUCAAGUCGUAAACAUUCCGGGGCGAAAUUUUCCACUCAAUCAAUUGAUAAUGUUGGUAUCGAGGACAAAGAAGUACAUGCAAGUCAUGUGCGACGUCGUUUAUCCACAGUUAUGAACAGUUCUCCAGAUAAGACCCAUCCUAUCCCUCUCCGUUCCUCUCCGAGAAAACUCAACUCAAAAGUGGUUAAAAAGGAAGAUCUAAUUCUACCCACGAGUAGAGAUUUAUUUCGUGGUUAUGGGUUUAUUCUUACUGGAAGUGACGUUAUGAAUGUCGAAAAUGAGAACAGUCCUCAGGAAGAAGAUCAUUUGUACGUCAGAGAACAUGUUCGAAAUCAAAUUAGAACAGGCGGUGGAGAAGUAUUGGAACAGUUUCUUGAAGAUUACCCCAGCCAAUCCUGCUUCUUGUUAUCAAAUGCUUGUCAAACAACAGCCAAGUAUUUCAACGCUCUUGUCUUGGGUGUUCCGUGUUUAUCUCAUGCCUGGAUUCGAGAUUGCUGCCUCGAGAAUAGAUUGAUUAGUUAUAAGAGUUACCUGCUUCCCGCAGGAAAAGAUCUCAUCACUCAGUGUUUGGUGGAAAAACAAAACUACAGGAACGCUCUCACAGGAAUCAAGGUUCAUCUGGCUGGCGAGGAAGAAUUUCGACAGAAUUGGACUGAGGUUUUGAAGGAUGCAGGCUGUGAAAUAAUAAAAAAGUUACCAGCCAAUGUCCUACAAACCAUUCAACGUGGCGAAGACGAGCGUGUCUGCGAUGUUAUCCUUGUUGGAGAUGGUCAUGUGGUACACAGUACCAUACAAAAGGCGCGAUUACUGGGAAUUCCAACCGUCACGAUUCACUGGGUGAAGCAGUGUAUUUUAACUGGAGCAAGAGUUGAUUUUAACGCACAUGAAAGUUUUAUUUACAGAGUACAAGACAAAUAAGAGAAUACUCCUGGGUUUUAGUUUAGAAUGAUAAAUAUGCUUUUACAAACGAAAUACUUUAGAGAGAGACAACGUGAAUGCAUGAAAAAUAUACAA